AUGGGGGGCUCCAACUCCACCAGUAAAAAGAUCAUGUACAAGAAUGGCAAGCCUACCUUCAAGGGGGAUGAGGUGGUGAAGGGCUUCGAGAGGGACAACGGUCUUCUCUUCCGCAUCGUCAAGAGGAAGAAAGGUCAUCAGAUGUGGGCUUUUUACAAUGACACGACGCAGUACAACAUGCGCAUUAAUGUCACCUUCGCCCCCGGUUGCGAGCUCACCGCCCUCGGGCAUACAAAGGUAGUAAAAGAGCCGAGUGGCGAGUGGGUUGCUACCGUCGUCGUGACGCCCGGUAAGACGGAGAUGUUUGUAGAGGGAAAAAUCGAAGGCUUCAAAUCGAAUAUGGACGCCUAUCCCGUCAUGAGCGACGGCAGCGGCAGUCGUCUGAUCGCAGGGGGAGCGGUAACGAACUGA